AUGUCUGCUUCUUCUAUUAAUUCCAUCGAAAGAGUAAAUGAAGUAACAACUGAAAAAAAAGAAGAUUAUACUAUCACCGCUCUCGAUUCCCAAUCUUCAUUGGAAUCAGAUCUUCUUGCCAAGAAUCCAUUUUUAGAUCCAAAAGUUGAAGAAUACUACCGUCAAGUGUACAGUGAGUCAAAAUAUGAAAGUUAUUCAGCAUUUGACCCACACUUCACCUGGACCCCAGAAGAAGAAAAGAAGCUCGUCAGAAAACUUAACUAUAGAGUCGCUGCCGCUGCUUGUCUAAUGUUUGUUGGUUUACAAGUUGAUAGAGGUAACUUGGCCCAAGCAGUCACCGACAACUUGUUGGCUGAUUUGAACAUGGACACUAAUGAUUAUAACACCGGUAAUACCAUUUUUUUGGUUGCCUUCCUUCUUGCUGAAGUUCCCUCACAAUUGAUUUCCAAGGCCUUAGGUCCUGAUAUCUUUAUUCCUAUCCAAAUUUGUUUAUGGAGUGUGGUUGCCAUGUCCCAAGCCGCUCUUUCCGGCCGUACUUCUUUUUUCAUUACUCGUGCCAUUAUCGGUGCAUUAGAAGGUGGUUUCAUUGCUGAUUUAGUCUUGUGGUUGAGUUAUUUCUUUACCAGUAAGGAAUUACCAGUGAGAUUGUCGUGGUUCUGGACCACUUUGUCGUUGGUUGGUGUUUUCACUUCUCUUUUAGCUUUCGGAUUGUUAAGAAUGAGAGGUGUUGCUGGCUGGGCUGGUUGGAGAUGGUUAUUCUUGAUUGAAGGUAUCUUCACUUUGGCUAUUGGUAUUGGGUCUUUCUACAUGAUGGUACCAUCCGCCGUGCAAACCAAGAACUUUUUACGUCCAAAGGGUUGGUUCACUGAACGUGAAGAGAAGAUCGUCGUUAACAGAGUUCUCAGAGAUGAUCCUUCUAAGGGAACCAUGCACAACCGUCAAGGUUUAACAAUAAAGAUGUUGUUCAAGUCGCUUAUUGAUUUUGAUAUCUGGCCAAUUUACGCCAUUGGUAUUCUUGCUUAUAUUGGUCAAAACACAUUCGGUUCUUAUUUCGGGUUGAUCAAUAAACAAUUGGGAUUUUCCACCUUCAAUACCAAUCUUUUGGCCAUUCCUUAUCAAGUUAUCCACAUUAUCUUCUUAUUAGCCAUCACCUGGUUUUCUGAACGUAUCAAUGAAAGAACUUUGACAUGUAUCAUUGCACCAUUGUAUGCUACUCCAUUGAUUGCCUUGAUUAGAUGGUGGCCACAAGCUGGUAAGAAUGUUUGGGGUACUUGGACUUUAAACACUUUGUACUUGGGUCAACCAUAUAUUCAUGCCAUUUGUGUUGCUUGGGUUUCGAGAAACUCUAACUCGGUGAGAACUAGAUCGGUUUCAUCAGCUAUUUAUAACAUGUUUGUUCAAUUAGGUAACGUUGCCGCUAAUUUUAUUUACAGAAAGGAUGAUUUACCAUUGUAUCAUAGAGGUAAUAUGCAAUUGUUUGCUAUCACUUUUGCUUUGAUUCCUUUGUUGAUCUUGGUCAAGGUUUACUACAUCUAUAGAAACAAGCACAAGAGACAACUUUGGGAUGCUAUGACCCCUGACGAACAAGAAUAUUAUAGAAAUAACACUACUGAUGAAGGUGCUAGAAGAUUAGAUUUCUUCUUUGCUCAUUAGUAUAUAGGUACAAUAAAAAAUAAAACUGGUUUUGGAAAUUAUCUGUAGAACAAGUAAAUCUUGAAAAUUUCUAUAGAAUCUAUUUCUCUUCAUAUAACUCCAUGGCUAAUUUAACCAACUCGUCAAUGGUAUCCAAAACAGCAGUUGCCUGUUCACGCACAAGCAAAUCAGAGUCAGUCUCCAGAACAUACCGCAAUUUAACAAUUACCCUCUCCCUAUACUUUUCUGGGAAUGGAACCUUAUCACUCUCACUUGUACCCAAUACCAAAUCGUGAAUUAACACUACGGCACUACGUCUCAUGAUCGCCUUAUCUUCAUCCAGUUCCAAAUCCAAGAUUCCCAACGCGCAAUCCAAGGCCUGUUCCAAAUGACCAAGCAUCCCCAAUGGAUUGACUCGACAACAAGAACCCAAGAUUGACAUGGCAGACAUACGUAUCCGAUCGUCAACUACAACUUCACGUCGUUCAAUCAAUCGCAAAGCGGUGACGACGAUCGGUUCAGGCAUGACCCCGCCUUGCUGGACCCGUCUUAACAAAACUUCACCAAUUCGUAAUCUCUCAUCAAUGUCUUCGCCUGCCCCGUACAACUCACAGAGAGAAGUGACUACGCUGUCAUCAAACUCAAUCAUGGCUUCAAGCCCCUUGAUUACGUUUAGGUAAAUGAACGGCUCAGGGUCCUUCAAUUGAACCAAGUGUAAGUUAAUCACGAAAUCAACAGUGAUUAUUGGUGAAUGGGCUUGGAUCAAUUGUCGGAGUAAGUAAAGGCCAUGUGCACGGAUAGGAACUAAUGGAUCAUUGAGUGAUGCGAUGGCACGAGUAAGUACAAGUUUAUCAGACUCGUCUUGACUGAGUGGUUGGAGCGAACUUGUUCGUAAAUUGGCGAUUCUGGAAGCGAGCGCUAACGAUUGCAGGGUAUUGAGGCGAGUCAACGACUUUGAGAUUUGAUCAAGAAGAGAUUGACAAUCGGAAAAGUUUGUAGUUUCGGUAAGAAUGGCAGAUAAGAGUUGAAGCAAGAGUGAUGUCGUUUCAUCAGAUUCUUCUUCUUCUUCUUCAUCGUCAGAGUCUUCAUCUUCUUGUUUAGUAACAGGAUGACUUUGUAAGAAGGACGCAACAAUCUCAAGCAUUUCUUUAGGUGUUCUCGCCAAAAUAUCCUUAAAUUUAUUCCCUACACUUUCUAAAACACGUAAAUCAACCAACAUAAUAAAUGGAUUGCGUUGUUCCAAAGCAUCAUCAGAGCUCAACCAGCGUUUAAGCACGGACACAAACAAGGAAUUGACUAGCUCAUCCGUAAGAUCUUGUAAUAAUAUGACAAAGCAAUCAAUGGCAAAGUCUAAGUCGUUAAUGAAUUGAUUAACUUUUGCUUCUUUACUCUUGUUUUCAAAUUCCGCAUUUCUGGGGACAAUCUCAGUCAUUGAGUUGGGUCCUAGAGAAAAUUUCCACAGGUCAGUUCCAUCAGUAACGAGGUUCUUUGAAAUAUCAUCCAAUCCAGUCUCUACGACCGUGAAAUAACUAGUUAAUAAUCCAGAUACAACCUCGCUUGGUUUCUCGUGCUUUUUGAGAAAAGUGAAGUAUCCCCAGAGAGGAACCAAUAUCAGGCCAACUAUCUCCAGAUAGAGAUCAAGCGCUGGUGAUUUCUUGGUGAGUGAAAUCAACACAUUCACGGCAUUAUUCAAUUGAGCUUCACUAGUGACACCAUCCUUCGGAUUAAAAGCGUCAUGCAAGUGGCUUAAAAAGAAAUCAUGCACCACUAAUUUGUUCCUGAUCCAAAGUUUAUCAAUCACAUAACUGACACAGCUGGUAACCACUGGUCGAUUGAUAUUAACCAACAAAUCAUAAGCUUGUUGGCCGAUACUUGUAAAGUACGGUUUUGUUGCUAUAGUCUUCGGUUUCUGAAGGACAACAUCGGCAACCUGGUCGAAUUUUUCAAUUUGGAUAUCUUCAUUAUCGCGAAGCCCCAAGACGAAUUCGAUGAGACUAAGAAGACCAUCUGGUCGAGUAUAUACAAGUUGUUGAAGAUGGGCCAUUACAAAUUGAGCAAACAACCGUGGUGAUCCUGGCGUGGCUAGGAGUAGGGAGUAUGUCAGGUAUAAUUCGUAGGUGGAAGGAAUUGCUUCUAUCUGGUCAAAUUUGUCAAGUACUUCUUGAUGAUUGAAUUGUGUGAUCAAUGCUAUGGAAAUAGUGAGGAAAUCAGAGUAUCCU